AUGGUGUGCCUGUUGCUAUCAUUUCAGACCGAGGUUCACAGUUCACUUCCAGCUUUUGGAGGGCUUUUCAGGAAGAGUUGGGAACCCAGUAGGCACCAGAGUUAUGCGGAUCAGAGGCGUCGACCUUUGAGAUUCUCUGUUGGUGAUCGGGUAUUCCUCCGUGUGUCGCCCAUGAAGGGCGUGAUGAGGUUUGGGAGGCGGGGCAAGCUUAGCCCCAGGUACAUUGGGCCAUUUGAGAUACUCCGGACAGUUGGAGAGGUUGCUUAUGAGUUGGCCCUACCUCCAGUAUUUUCAGCCAUCCACCCAGUGUUUCAUGUUUCGAUGUUGCGGCGGUAUGUUCCUGAUGAGUCCCAUGUGCUCCAGUAUGAUGCAGUCGAGUUGGAUGAUCGUUUGACAUUCGUAGAGGAGCCAGUUGCCAUUCUAUCCAGAGAUGUGAGGAGAUUGCGCUCGAGAGCCAUUCCUGUUGUUAAGGUCCGUUGGAGACAUCGUCCAGUUGAGGAGGCUACCUGGGAGAUCGAGCAUGAGAUGCGGGCACAGUUCCCCGACUUA